ACUAUCGAGCACUCCCCCUUCGAGAGCUCAGAUGAAACUGCCACUCCUGGCCGAGUACUCGUGUUGUAUCCAUCUGAAAAACACACCUACGACAAACAGACAGGACCAUUCCAGCCUGUUCGACUUAUUGUCAAUGUUGACCGCUCUUGGAGUUUACAGUGUCCAGUAUAUGAACAUAUGAUUAUCAAGUCGGGCAAACUUCAAGAAACGGCGAAUGGCGCUAUUGUCGAUCUUGCUAAGAACCUUCUUUGUUCUAAUCAAACACUUUGCCCGGGAUUUCUGGAAGACGUCGAGGCACUAGGAUAUGAGCCCAAGAAUAUCCGCAUUAUGGCUGGGCCGGUGAGAAGUAUGCAUUCAAAGAGGUGUAAAAUUUGGCAUAUUCCUCCGCGUCUGACGAAAGAAAGAUUAAAUGCCUCUGACCCUCGGUGGAAACGAGUAUGUCUCGAGUGUUUAGACGCCACAAGGUAUGUGAAGAAUCAAGUGAAGAAGAAAAAAAACUUGGAUGAAACCACAAAGUUAAAGAGGCAAACACCAAGUAGUCACUUCCCGUGGAGAUACCUUUCUCCUGGCAGCAAAACUAAACGUGCAAGGAACAUUCGUCAACAACGAUCGAGGCUGAGCAAACAAGUUCAGCGAUUUUACAAGCGAACGAAGAUUGAGUUGCCGGGUGAACAAUCUAAGGAAUUAUGUAAUCUCAUCCAAGCAAUUGAAGGUUCUGAGACAGGACAGAGAGAGCUGAAGAAAAUUACUGCAGAAGGAAAUAAGCUUGAAGGAAAAGGGGGUUUAAAGGCAGGAGACUGCAUCAGUGAAGUGUGGCAAAAAGACCGAGCGAGCUUCUUCAAGGACCAACAAAGCAACGGUAUGGAUUCAACAGAGUUGUUUUAAUUUUUGUUCUUUUUAAGUACUUUUUUUUAUUUCUGUUAUCGUUUUUUACCUUUUUUUACUCCUAUAAAUCAGGCAUAGGGAAAUAAAUUAACUUAAUCGUUCUCAGGAAAAUUCUACCUAAUUAAAGAGGGUUCAGUUGAAUCUGAGCUGCUGGUUGCAUGUGGUAACUUCUUCGAAGGAUUUGGGCCACAAAAUUUAAAAAAACUGAAUAAUCUAAUCUCACCACUACUUUUCUUGUCCAUUCUCUACCAAAAUAUGUGGUCAAGCGAUUUAAAAGCCAUUGAGAUUGGCAAGUAUGCAUGUAUGAUGAUAAGUACUAAAUUUUCACAUGUACUAUACCCUUAUUCCUGCAGCCUAGACAGAUUAGACAUCUGUUGGUGUCGAGUUAAAUAUAUUAUAUAGCACAUCUCUGCUUAUUACUGGAAUUACACUGUUCAUGCACACGAACCCUGUACAAGCCAAAAGUGUAGUACGGAAAAGGUGACAUUUACAUCUUGAGCACAGUUUGGUUACUCACAUUAAAUUUUCUUUACUAACAGUGACUGGCAAAAAGGGAAACAGAUGGUCACUAUCCACGAUCAGGGUUGGUAAGUACCAGUGAAGGUUUCAUUUUUGCCUUUUUCACUCAGUUGUAAAUUACUGUACAUCUAGGACUGCAAUCACAUAUUGUAUCUAUUCAAUUUGGCCCUAAUGGGUGUAUGCCAUGGUCUGCUUUAUAAAUGAAAUUUGGUCAAAACUAAUUGUUAAACAAACUAAUGGUGGCAAUUUGUACAAUGUGUUACAUUCCUUCUAAUUGUUGUUUCACAUAUUAUGACUGUAAUGCCUUCUCAAAAAAAUAAUUACAUCACUAGAAAUUUAAUUUGCACGUAACUUUUUACAGCUCUUGCAGUCUACAACAGAAGCCCCUCUGCUUAUGAGGCUCUGCGAAAUCUUACCAUUCUUCAGCUACCACGUACGAAGGUUUUAAAGAAUGUUUUAAAGGAUGGUGCUGAGCAACCCGGAAUUGAUAAAAAUUAUUUCCAAAGUCAACAAGCAAAGUACAAAGAGUAUCAGGAACAGAGGGAGAGUGGUGGACACCCACAGCCUCUUGGCAUUGGAGUAAUGAUGUGGGAUGAAGUUAAGGUAAACCUUGAAAGUUCUAGAAGUUAUUGUUAUAUAAUUUUAUUCUUCCUUUACAUAAACUUGAUCUGUCAGCACAUAAUAUUCAGGAUUCCUUUUAGUUAGUACCAUCGCAUGAUAAUAUAUGUUAUAUGUUUUAUUUUAAACACAAAUCAAAUUUAAUUCAAAGUUUUAAAGCCACUUGGUUAGGGCAAAUGUUCAUUAUUUUACACUGUAAUUUGGAGUCAUUUAUUUGGCUAAUCGGAACACAGCCUGUAUUCACCCAUUUGUCUUUCAGAUACAGAUGAAAGUUGCCUGGAACCUUAAGGGUGGCUCCAUCUCAGGCUUCACCAUGGCACCUGAUGAACUGCCUGUUUUAGAUGAUGUAUACACAUCAGCCAUCCAGAGUGGAUGCCACAAGACCAGCUAUAUUGUUCAGUUUCUGUGGAGGGACCUGACCUCAGGGUACGACAUGAUUGGGCCUUACUUCCCUGUUUCAAGCUCCGUGGAUUCGAACAUCCUCCAGGAAUUUUUUCUGCUGAGCCUUAAAGCAUUUAGCAACUAUGGAUUUAAAGUAUCAAUUGUCCUUUGUGAUGGAGCAUCCUCCAACCUGACCCUUCUGAAACUCCUCUGUGGAAGUCCAAGGGCAACACUUCCUGUAAAUGAGGAUGCAGAUGAUUUGAGAGGACGGUACUUUGCUAACAUGUCAUUUGUUAAUCCUGAGGAUCCAAGUGGCAAUCCAAUUUUUGCCAUGAUUUGCCCCAGCCAUCAGGUAUUAUUUUUUUCAAAUAAAUAAUCAGCACAUCCAGAUCAGGGAGGCGCCCAAGCUUACCGUGGGCAUUCUCUAUAAUAAACAUUGAAUUGCUGCGCAUAUUAUAACUAUAUUUCACGUCCUCAUUUUGUGCAUAUGAAAUUGAGAAAUAGCAGAUAUACUGCAAUAAUGGCCAUGCAUAUCUCAUAAGUCAAUGAAAUGAUUGGACAUUUCUUCUAAAAGGAAUUGUUCAAACAUAAAGCACUUGUGUUGCUGAAUGUCAUUACCUUUUAUUGUACCGUUAACAUAUAAUUAGAGAAGCAGUUAGCAAGAACCAGGUACAGCACAGCUAAUUGGUAAUCACAAGAUUUUUUUCACCUCCAACCUAGGCCUGAUCCAGUUGCUACAGCUUGUAAUGAUGUUUUCCAAAAACAAUUGCAUGCAUACUGAUUAAUUCUCUCCUAAUAGUAAUAUUUUUGUUUCAAGCUGAAAAAUAUGAUAGCUGCAUCGUAUAGUUCAAGGCCCACUGGUUCUAAGAAGCUGACAUUGGAGGGAAGACAGUUUGGGUGGGAAACUAUUGAGAAAAUCUACGAUCAAGAAAUGAAAAGAGCUGAGACAGGAAGAAGCCGUAAAGUGCCGGGCUUAAAGUAUGCCUUUGUCUACCGAGACAAUUGGACACGACUAAAUGUCAAACCAGCCAAGAUCAUGCAGGUGAUUGAAUUAUUAUAUAAUUGCAAAUAAGUAAGAUAUAUAUCUUUUGUAAUUUAUGUGGGUUCUCUAAAGAAAAAUAUAAUGCCUUUCUCCACAAAAAAAUCUAGGUCUUUAUAAAAGACAUGUCACAUUGUAGUGAAAAUAUUCUAUUUUCCUUUUGAUCUGUAGCAAAGAUACAUGAUUUCAGCCGUUAAAGACCUGUCAGAGGAGCCUAAUCAGGAUAGAUCUAAACCGGUGGCCAGCUAUCUAGAAGCAUGCAAUCUGAUUUUCGAGAAUGGUCUCUUGAGCCGACGCAGAAUUAACAGUUUAAAUAGCCCUGUCAUUCAGAAUAUAAAGAAGGGAAUGGAUUUCUUUGAGAAAUGGUGCCGCAGUCAUGAAGAAACUAGUAUUAAUAUUUUUAACAUUAUUUUGAGUGUACUGGUUUAAAUAAAUUACUAACACCUGAAGCUUUCACUUAAGUAGCCACACAUAAUAUAUUUAUUAAUGAAUCAAAAAAACUAAAAGGACAAACAGGUGUGUUACUUUCUGGUUACUCGAAAGAGUACAGAAGGCAGGCCUUCUAAUGCAAAGCAUUUACCUGUAUUUUUGAGAUGGAAAUAAUUAUUUUCUUUGCUUUAAAAAUGUUACUUCAAUUUUUGAUAUUAAUGAUGUGUCUACUUAUAUACUCAUUUGCUGGCGAGUGAAGAAUAUUUUGCAAUAAACACUGCCUAUGAACUCUUACCAUUUGGAUUGUGAAGUAAACAGUACUCAAAGAGGUUUCAUUUUUGCCCAUAGUUUACCCUGACAACACCAAGAAAUCCAGACAGACAAAGUUUCUUGCAUGGCAGGUAAGUUUUUUUUAAAGACUAAGUUAGUUUAAUUUCAUUGUUGCUUGAAUAAAAUUAAAUCAGUGCACUGACUAAAAAACUAAUUUUGAACAAUAUUCACCUCCUCAGCCCUACUGUUGACACUCAAUGAAUAAUUUUUUUGAAUGCUUCCAUGUAAAGAACUACAGCCAUAGGUCAUGUCAGAACUACUAAGUCAAAACAAUAACCUUAUUAUAACUUGCCAAAAGAAAGAAGGCAUCAUCAAUGUCUGUGGCAAACAAGAGACUUGCAUUGGCAGUAAAGUUAUAAGAAAAGUUGCUCAAAUUGAUAUAUUUUCACUGAUGAGUCUCCUCCAAGCAUAUGAAGAGAGCAAGGAAACCAUAGUCAUAUGAUUUUCAUAAUCAUUUUGAUGUUAAUACUAAAUUAUUCUUUUUAUGUUCUCUGUCCUAGACUUGGGAUCUUCUUCGAGUUGUUGUGCAUGGAUUCCUUUUAUUCUGUGCAUGGUUUUUUACCUAUGUCUCCCCGGAUGGGAGGUACUUUAUUAGCCUCCUCAGAAUCAAUGGCAGUGCAUUAGAGUCAAUUUUUAGUGUGCUCAAACACACAAGUGGAGGAAAUCUGUCUGCCAUUGCCUACUCACCUGCUUUAGGCAGGUUGAUUAACAGGAAAGAUUUAGUUGUAAAUCAACAUUCAGAGAAAGGUUACAGAGACCAGAUUUUAAACGUAGAUGGGCAGUCAAUUACAGCUGACAACCAGAUUUCUGUUAAGUGCACAAAUGUUUCUAGGUCUCUAUGUCAGUUUUCUUUUCCUUCAACCAUAGCACAGUCCUCGCUAGGAGGAAGGCAGGGCAGCAAUGCUUGCACAAUUAUCGCAGUUAGGUUUGGGGACUAUGCAAUGAUGCAUAAACUAGAUAUUUCAUUACUUUGGGGGCAGCUGCCUCAGUUGUGGAUCACACUAUUUGUAAAUGCUAUAUGUGAUGGUAAUCAUAUAUAUGAUGAUCAUUUUGGUGACACAGCUGUUUACUUAGAUGUAGAAGACGUAGUCCAGGCUUCAGGCACUGAGUGCAAUGUCCAAUCAGUAAGCGCAAUUUUUGGCUUUAAUAAUGCAAAUGGGUUUGCUGAUUUAGCAGCACAUUUAGGAAAUGUUCUGCAACCAUCCUAUGGAGUCUUAAUUGCAAAUGACAAGUCAGUGGGAAUUUUAGUUCAAGCAAAUGGCCUUUGUGCCUUAAUUGAUAGCCAUGUCCACAACAACAGUGGUGCUGUUAUAUUGAUGGCCGAUUGUCCGAGCAAUCUUAUUACUGCUUACUCAAGACUGCUGUUGGAUCAAAAUUUAGUGCUUAAUAUUGGCAUCUUUACUUGGGUGCAUUAUUUAAGUGCCUAG